AUGCUUGAUGCGGUGGAUUUUGGAAGUGUAGAGGCUGCUGUCAUUAGUAAAAUUAUGGCGCUCAUCAAUGGAGCUCUGCGACCGUUGGAUGCCGGAAAAUUUAUUGUUGAACAUGGAAAGUUGAUCAAAAUCAAUGAGGACGGUGUACAGCGUGUUGCCAAAAUGAUCUACGAUGCUGCAAAAGAUGGCACAAUUGCAGAAGUGCAAUUUUCUGCGCAUGCUGUGCAUCCAACGGGCAAGGGUAAGGCAGUUGUUGAUUGGUAAGU